CAUCUGUCACAUUUCGGAAGUGGCUGUGAAAGUGUUGAAGAAAAAGUUCCGUCGCAAUCAACGUUUUUAGGAGGAAAACCCCAAAGUUUGGCCUCCAAUCGGACGACAUCGAUUUCAAUCAGGUGUAAACUUGCAAGUUUCAGCUAGCACAUUAUGGACGAUGACAUUACACGCGAGCAACUUCACUCAUUGGAAGUGGAAAAAAUUAUCUCCGAAACUAUUCUGGGCGACACUCCCUCUGCAGAAGAGAUCGUCCCUGAGGCACCUCUCGAACCGACCAAAACUGCGAAUGAAGAUGAAGAACCGGAAGAACCCCGCGUCUACACGAACGAAAUUGCUAUCUGUAAUUUGAUGUAUCAUGGCCAGAAAAAAGGCGUUCACCCUUCCGACAGUGUCGUCAUACGGUGCACAUCCGCAGCGGAGUUCGCCGAUCAGGUGUACACGCUAGUUAAACCGUUACUGAAACGUGGCGUUUACUUUCCGGAACCGGAUCAACCGUGCUGGAUGGAGAAUGAACUUCCCACGCGGGAGGAAUUUCCCCAGUUCGUGCAAUUUAAGGACAACAUACAGAAGCGUUGCUGGAAGUUGGACGCCGUGGACGAAUACAUGCUGAUGAAGUGGGCUAACAGGCUUAUCUACUUGCAGGCGUAUGUCCACUCGAGUAACGUCCAAAGCAAAGCAAUGUGGGAACAGGUCCAGCAGGAACUGCUCGGAGUCCAAUCGGAUGGCAAGAAAACCAAAGAAGCUUUGGAAGAAGAGAGGUUACAGUUUGUCAUGAAAAAGUUGCAAAAGGCUCACCAGGCUUCCCUGAUUCCGCGGACGGACGACGCGUUCAAGCUGUGGGCUCGCCUAAUAAUGCAGCAAACGUCCAAGGAUCAAAGAGAUCGGUUCUUCGUUAAACCUCCACAAGAGCUGCUGGAAAAGUUCUUAGUCGUGGAAAACGAGAAGCCCAAGCCGGAGAAACGAAACCGUACCAUUUCGGGGCCGGCUCUACGGGGUCACACACAGGAUGGAUUCGGUUUCCAGGACGAGAUAUUGGCCCUGCGGCAGACGGUAACCCAGAUCAAGGAUUUGGUGGAAAUGCUGGACAAACGGGUGGAACUGCUGGAGGAGAAAAGCCGAGGCUACAAUCAAACGCUCGAGGGAAUACCCCUGAAGAAGAGGAAGUACGAUUCCGAUGGCGAUAGCGAUGGCGAAGAUGACCAAAAAGGGAUGGGAGCAGGAAACGACGAGAGACCAAUUGAUGUAAGGCCACCGUUGGUGAGGGUCGAAGGUAAUCACGGUAAUCCGGAUCCGUUGGUGUUUGAGGAUAUAGUUGUGAAAGAGGAAUACGAUGAAAUUGAGUCUGAUGGUUAGGUUAGGAGAAUGAAACACGAAGCUGAAUGGGAAUAUGUUCAUAA